CAGUACUAUUGUCUACUUUGCUAACUGUUUACGGAUGUAAAAAAACGUGCGCAUGUUAAAAAAAGAACAACAAAACUGCUAUUGUUUUACAAAAUGACACAAAGAUAAUUUUAUCCGCUCCACUCACUGCUUGUGCACAAGCGAAAUCCGGAAUUAGUGAGUCGUAAAAAAGAGUUAACCAUUAUAGUAUAUGGUUCUGUGCCAAUGUAUCCGUACACCAAAUCUUCUUCCACUAGGUCAUGUUUCAGCGAAACCAAACUUUUCCAACGGACUACAAGCCAGUGCGGCAAAGUUAACUCAUCCAUGAGGUAGACCGGUACUGGUGGGAUAUUGUGGGAUGGCGGGGUUCAGAUGACGAAGCUCGUAACUAAAUCGACUCCAUCCUGCGUCAAAUCCAGUUUCAACAAGGCCAAAACGAGGACAUACCCAGGCAGCAACCAUGACCUUGUCUUAUCGAGCAGCUCAGUUCGCUUUCAUUUGGAAAAAAAUUGCAAGACCAAAGCGUUGAAGAAGUUUUAAAGGCUACAACUGGAGGUAAAUUCGCCACACUGACCUUGUUGGACUAUGAUGUAGACACCUUUGUAGGAACUUCAAAGAGGUGCUAACCUUGUCAACAGCCCAGGAAGUACUAGGGCGGAGAAAGAAGAAACAAUCAUGGGUCAAAUGGCUACCAACUAUUAAGGACCAUCACCAAAGAUCAGUCAAGACCUCGGUCAUCUAAGACAGCAACGGCCACUUUUACAAAGCGCUGCUGUACUUAACCGAUGGACUUAAUAUUGCAGAGAUCUAUAAAACUUCAAGCUGAAGACAGACGCUAACAUCUUUCAAAAUAACUAGACUAGAAUGUAUGAACCUGCAGACAUACUAGUCCUACGGGAGGAGGCCGAAAGAGCGGUGCGCCAGAAUUGUAUAACCAUCAGCCUAAUUAUCCACCCAAGCAAAGUCAUACAUGGACGCAUCAACACCACCACUGAAGAACAGGCUGGCUUCAGACCAGGUAGGAUCACGGUUGAGCCUGUCAACUGUCGAAUACUAAUAGAAAAACAUCUUCAGCAUUAGCGGGACCUUUAUCACAACUUCACAGAAAAAUACUUGAUAGAGUCUGACACGAGAGGCUAUGGUAUGCGACGAGAAAAUGCAAUAUUUAAGGUCUCAUCCAAGUCAUCGAAGCGCUGUAUAAUAGCUCAGGGAGAGCAAUACUGCUGGAUAACCAAAUAGGAUCUUUUUUUUCACACGCGAGCAGGAAUCCGUUAAGAGUGCCUGUGCUGUUCAACAUCUUUUUGGAGAACAUCAUGCGUGAAACUCUUGUACAGCCAUCUCAAUUUCAUUUCCAUCGGUGAAAGGCAGAUUUGUAACUCAAGCUUUCAUACCAUCUGAUAGCAGGCGCAAACAGAAAGUUCGAACGCAUAUUGGAUAGAGACCAGAUUUACUACGAAGCAUAAUCUGUUUAAGUCCCUAGUAGUACCGAUCUUCUUUUACGGAAGUGAAACGUGCUCUGCUUGCCGAUAUGAAGCCAACGAUGUUCUUAAUUUUAAAAUGGGCUGAAAUCAAAAGCUAUUGUAAAACUUCUUUAACCCGGGUUUCCUGACACCACACGACACAAAGAGAACGCUAAAGCUGUAGUUGCCAUGAAUUAAAUCAAUCACGCCUUACGGUUUUUCCCCCCUGUGGGUCAUUUAUGCUUACUCACCUGUUUCCCCCUCCCAAUAAAUACACAAGAUGGUCCGUAUACCUCUUAGUGGUUAUCUACCUUAUGUUAUCGGGCGUGACGGUAAACGCGCUUGUUAUAAGUUUGGAUCAAAUGUCUUGGAUUCAGAUCCUGAAUCCGGCACGCUGCAUAUAGAACCUGUUUACUUGUCCGGUGCUUACUCUUAAAAUAACCUUAUGUGGUGUCUUAUAUGUACAUCACCAUCCUUGUUCAGAGAACUGAAAAUGUUAUCAUCUCCUCUAAACACCCCUGGGCCCGUAUUGCGUGGGGUUUGCUUCUAUUGUUACCUUUGCUGUUUUUCUUUAAGAAAUUUUGCAGUCUAGCUGGCACUGGAUGACACUGUGUCUUGACCGCGACCGUUGCCUGUCAACAGACAACGCCGUCAGUCAGUGAUGUUGAUGAGUGUGACUGCAAACUGCCGUUCACUCCACAUGCGCUUCUCUAGGGGGACUUCGCCUCCGCCUUGCAAACUUAAAAAAAAAAGACCAGCAGCGACAUGUUGACUCCAAAGCCCAUCCAUCACGUCCUCCACUGUCUUUAUGGCGCUUUUAUCUCGCUCCCCAUGUCUGCGCCGCCGCAGCCCAUGACAGCGCCCCCUGCCAACGGAAAACGGGGAACAGAAAAACGAAACAAGGUCUUCAGAUGGAAACUUCCCCACCGUCCGGAACUCGACGGGGAGCACGAAGGGAGGAGAAAAGGUGGAGGAUGGGCGUGACUGCGAAUCGCGAAGCUUGUCGAAAGCUGGCUGCGAUUUGUGAGUCGAGCUAGCACAGCGAUCGGCGGGUGUCUAAGUUCGUGUUGAUCGGCACCCGUGUGUGUGUGUGGCGCAGAGCUUCUCCUCGCACGCGCGCGGGGGUGUGAUCUUGCCUCACGACCGGAGAAGGUGGUGAAAGUUCUUUACGGCGCGUCGACUGUCGUGCGGCGCUGGACCAUGGAGCUGACGUUGCGGCUAUUCGCUGCGAUGGUCGUGACGCUCGUGUCGCUGUGUGACGCCUUUCCUGCUCACGGAGGCAGCUCAGAUAUCGUACAGGUCAUUACCUUGGAAAGUAACGAUGUCAGGCACAAGCGCUCCAUUGACAUGCCGGACAAACUUCACCUCCGAUUGGUCGGGAGCGGAAUGGAGACGGAGAUCCGGGUUAGACGCAGUCUGAAAGACAAACCAGAAGUUACAAACUUUCCGUUGUUUGUCAUAGAAAAUGGCACCAUCACAAGGAGAUACCUGGCGCCACUACAGACAGCUGCCAUCUAUUCUAAUGACACUCAAGGGCACACUUUCAUCGUCCGACGAAUGAUGGAUCGCGCCGAAUUCAUUCUGGAAGGAGUAUUAUGGGAUGGUUUGCAACAGUUUCAUAUUAUGCCAGACCAUGAUGCAGUGCACAGAAUCUACAAGCAAGAGCGAGUCAUGGACUUUAGAGGCGACUACAUCGAAAAUACAGUCUCCAGAAGCAAGGGCAGGCCAUCGCAACCGACCAGACGCAGACGACAGUCACAAGUGAGAGAAAAUGGCUUCACUUCCGGGUUGAGAUUAAAGACAACUGGAGUACCGAAGCUUGCCCGCUUGCUGAACAGAUGGGCUAAGAGGCUGGAGGCUACGCUCACAAAGAAGAAAAAGAUGAAGGAGAAGGAGUCAUCUAAUGACCAGAACGAGAAACAAACAGAGGAGAGGGAGAAGAAAGAUGCUGCAUUCAACACGGACUGGUGGAAAGCAAGGGGAAGGAGGAAAAGACAGGUGGAAACCGACUACGAAAUUGAAAUAUUUCUCGUUGCUGACUUCAGAGAUUAUUCUGGAUGGCUCAAUUACUAUGGAGGCAAUGCAACCCGCACAGAAGUGGAAAUGAAUCUUUACUAUGCUUUUGUCGCCAACUCAGUGGAUACUCUAUUUCAGAUCUCGCAAAGGUACCGCAGCAUCGGCAGUGUGGACCCUAAUCUCAAGAUCGAUGUUAUCAUCACUGGACUCCUCAUAGUCAAUUCUCGCGAUGACUCAUACUGGACCGAGAAUCAUGUCUUGAGUCCAGGCUCCACGUACGUCGAGGCCAGCGAAGCUUUGGACAGCUUCCGGACCUGGGUACGGAACGCACGCUCCAGCCUGCCGCCUUCUGACCACUGGAUGCUUUUCACCGGGUACGACAUCUACACAGACAAAAACCCCAACAUCGCAGGUCUGGCCAAGCUGGGUGGUCUAUGCAGCUAUCUGUCCGUGUCCAUCGUCGAGCAAGAUAACACCGCCAGUGUCGGCGCCACAGCUGCACACGAGCUGGGUCACAGCCUAUCUGCCCGUCAUGACGGCGAGGAGAAGGACUGUCGUGAUGAAGACAACUUCAUCAUGUCCCGCAAGCUCAAGACGCCUGAUGCGGAAAAACUGGCCUCGCGCCCCUGGCAGUUCUCCCAAUGUUCUGUGAAGGCCUUCCGCGAGUUCCUGUCACAGGUGAAGUGCGGACAGCGAGGUCCUGCACGGGGAUCAGCGCUGGCGACCGAGUUGGGUGGGGGUCAGGUCUUCUCAGCUGACCUUCAGUGUCAGCUCGCUCUAGGCAAGCAUUCGUACUUUGGCAGAAGUCUUCAAUCGACAGAGUCGUUCAGCAGCAUGUGCCGACGGUUGUACUGUGCCGUGCCAGGCGAGCCAGGCCUGUACCAAGCCAUCUUCGCCAUGGAAAAAACUACCUGCGGCGAUGGCAAGUGGUGUAUACAGGGAAAGUGCUCACCUGAUGCACGCGCCCCAAAAGUGAAAGACACAUGUCCACAGGGUGAUGACCCUACCGCCCCGUGUGUGGAAGAUGACUGCCGGUACUACACACAAAAGACACGUGACAUCUACUGCUGCCACACCUGUCGCCAGUAUGUCACCAGGGAAAUUAUUUUGUCGCCUAGUAACGUUCCUGUUUUGAUUCCCAUGCAGAAAGAACAAGGCUUACCUGCCUCUGAGGCAUCUUCAAACGCUAGCAGUUCUAGUCCGACUGCACUUAGAGCAAAUUUUACCAACACUGCAAGCCCACCCACAGACUCAUCGCUAUCACCAAGCACGACAAGCUUUUCUACCAGCGUAGAAACUUUCUCAGAUUUGUCAUCGACCACCAGCACACUUCCAACGUCAUCAACACCAUCGUCGACCUCCACAUCUUCAGAGGGAGAAGUCUUUUCUUUCCUCACUUCUACUAGCAGCUCUAGACCGUCGUCUCCGACGACAGAGACUAGGCAUGAAGUUUUGGCGUCCACUCCAGCAACGACAACGAUAUCUGAAAGUGCGUUGAAAACAACGCCUGCAAGUCCCAUGGGUUCAGAGGCCUAUUCCACUGCCACCGCCAGAGACAAAAUUCUGGAAGUGUCUACGAGUCGCACGUUGGACAAGACAGAAAAGUACCUGUCUCCUACACAAACUUCUGAUCUGAUGACCGGCACAGUCGGAAAGGUUUUAACUUCGAGAUUAACAACGGACACGUCUAAUAGGUACACGCCCAGAACAACAGUCUCUAGCAGUCCAGCAAACAGUCCGCACCCCGCAACACAGUCGCUGAAUGAUCUACGCUUGAUCGUCGCGCUGCAUGGCAUAGAACCAGUGCACGCGGCCAACGUUUGGCACGUCUACUAUAGUGUUCCGGGCCUUAGUCAUCCACCUACCGGCCCACAUACUUCACGUCCUUUCACUAGCCCUCCAACUUUACUACCUUCAGUCACAGACCUACAAACUACACCUUCAGCCACCAGCUCACAGGGUACACAUCCAGCCCCCGACCCAAAAAACAUUUAUCCAGCCACGGGCCCGCCCACAGCACAUUCAGCCAGUGAUCCACACACUACAGACCCAGUCACUGACUCGCACAUUACUCGUUCACCCAUUGACCCACAGACAGCGCAUCUGGCCGAAGACCUUCAGGCAGGAUACUUCCCACCGUUUCAACGACUUGCCUCUGCAGCUCUGUUCCCACAGCACAUCGCACGCUCAGCAAAUGGAGCGCCGUUUUCACACUCAGCGAACGAAGUCAAAUUGCCGGAUUCCAGAACAGAUCGCCAUUCUGAUGUCGUCACAAUAGCGCCAAACCUAAACUUUCGUGGUCUGGAAGGACUAUCGUUGCUGCUAGACCACCGCCUCAACGUUAAUGGCACUGGAUUCUUCAAUAAUGUUACGGGGCCUAUAGUCAACACCACACACGGAGAGGCAGAGUCUCCACAAGCUGGAAAGACCUCAGCUUCCAGUCUUUCCCUCGAAGCAGAGACGAUGAAUCCCGUGGCAGAAUGGAGGACGUUUGGUACAUAGGAGCAGACGGUGGUGCAAGGCCCUGACCAUCAGUUCGUGCGCAGAACUGCUUAACCCAUUCGCAGAUUUGACUCACGAUGGUGCAGCUGGAGAGUGUGAGUUAUGGUUAGGGUGCUAAUGUGUGAGUUUUUAGCAUGUUUGUGCGUGCGUGCAUGUGUGUGUAGGUGCUCGAGCGGUGCAGAUCCCGUGAGUCCUCGCUCCUAAUGGAAUACUCGAGUACCAGAAUAGCAGAACAGAAACAUCUGUGACCAGACGCUGUGAGAAACUGAUCUAAGCAAUUCAUCAUUAGCUUGCUUAACUAAUUUAUUUGGAUCUCUAUCGAAAAGGCUGUUAAAAAAGUUUGACUCAUGAAACACAUUUCGCAGCAAUAUAUAAGGAGUUUCGAUGUUUAACAAGUCAGUCCUAUAUAGAACUUUGUUUUACAAAAAAUAGUAAAGGAGGCAUCGUGGCGUAUGGUCCUCAAAACUCAUUUAUCUCGAGGCCAGCUGUUUAUGAGGACGAUGCCCAUCUCCUUACCCUAGCUGCCUUACUUUCCCAGCACUCUGCAGUCAGGUACCCACACCACAGCUAAGUCGACUAGGGAAAUAGAGCUUUGCCAAUACACGCUUUUGUAAUUGUGUUCAGGAAAGUGCGUGUGUGCUUGUGCGUAUACAUAGUGAUCGGAUUAUUAAGAUUUUAGAGUCCGUAAAAUGCGUUGCACAUGCUGUUGGGAAUACAUAUGUACUUUUCAUGUAUUUAGCAUCAUUGCUGUUUGCCUCCUAUACUGUUUUUGAUAAUGUUAUCGUCACAGUUCACGUACUUUUCGCAAAUUUUUUCUGCUCCAUGGCCGAAGGGUUUAAAAUUGUAUCAAAAAUGUUCGCCUACUGUAAGCUGUUUCAAACGUCAGAUUCCUAUUACAUUCAGUUCACAGUUGUGCCCAAACUUAAAACUUCCCGUUUAUUCGCCCAUUUAGCAAGAAGACCCACGCGAUCCCCGGCCUUUAUUUUCUGGCGUCGUCUCUCUCUCUUUUUUAACCAGUGUCGUGCACUGCUGCUGACGUUCUCUCGAGUUUUUGAAGAACCAAAUUAUGACGGUACAGUAACCGUCACCACUGUGUGCAAGUUUCAAGCGGAUAGACCUAAACACGAAUGGAUCGUUAAAAAACGUGACCCUCAUGUCCCAGUCUCAUCAUGGACUUUCGUGGUCUCACCUGACAAGACAAAGACGACCACGACGCCGUGCCUAGUGCUUGCGGAUUUUCUCUCAAGUUCGUUUUCACUCAUUUAACCACUUCACUUCUGUCUCAUGCCUGCAGGCUCUUUAUUAAGUUCGCGAUUAUAUCAUAAGGAAUGCCAUAUUUACUAGUAAAGCCCAGACUUUCGGAUCUUGCAAGUUUAAGACAGCAGCAUUUAACAUCUUACGGUCACCGCUCUAGAUAAAGUUCGGCAUAGUCACCAAGAUAUUUCCGUCUUACACCUGAUAAUCAUCGUCACUGUAUCUAUAUUAAUAAGUGCCUCCCUUUUGUCUCACUUUUUACUAUGUUCACUUCUCCAAAAAGUGCACACACUUCCUUUUGUGUGGUGUCUACGUUACGUAAUGUUCCAACUCUUAAAAUAAAAUAAAAAAGUUGGCAGUG